CUCUGUCUCUCUCUCACCCCUCUUACCUGAAAGCUGAAGCGAGUCGAAUAGGCGACUUUCUAUACCGCGCAUCAUCGCUGUUGCGCGCUUCUCCAUCUCCACUGACGACGCAAUCGCCGCCUUCGGUAGAAAUUCUUCGAGGGCCGCGCUGCCGAUUUGUCUUCGAGAGGGUGGGAGAUUCAAGGUAUUUCUGAGAAAGAGCAGCAUUAAAAUAAAUAACUCAUGUCGUGCUUUGCAUGCUGUGGAGAAGAAGAUAUUCACAGUGCACCUGUUAAGGGGGGUGCUUUUCCUGCAAGCCAGACAGCAGGCAAUGACGGAUCUUACCGCACAUCUGAUCCUGCCCCGAAGGGUGUUCAAACUGUGAAAGUGCAACCUAUUGAAGUCCCCGUAAUUCCUGUAGAAGAAAUAAAAGAAGUGACUGAUAAUUUUGGGAACAAUGCUUUGAUUGGAGAGGGCUCGUAUGGUAGAGUGUAUUAUGGUGUACUAAAAAAUGGUAAAGCUGCAGCUUUAAAGAAAUUAGAUUCCAGUAAACAACCGGACCAAGAAUUUCUUGCCCAGGUAUCAAUGGUAUCAAGAUUAAAGAAUGAAAAUGUUGUUGAGCUGCUUGGAUAUUAUGUUGAUGGUAGUCUCCGUGUCCUUGCAUAUGAGUUUGCAACAAUGGGAUCUCUUCAUGAUAUUCUUCAUGGGCGCAAGGGAGUUAAGGGUGCACAGCCAGGUCCGGUUCUCUCAUGGACUCAAAGAGUUAAAAUUGCUGUAGGAGCAGCAAGAGGGCUUGAAUACCUACACGAGAAAGCUCAACCUCGUAUUAUUCACCGAGAUAUUAAGUCUAGCAAUAUACUACUUUUUGAUGAAGAUGUGGCAAAGAUUGCUGAUUUUGAUCUUUCCAAUCAAUCUCCUGACAUGGCAGCUCGUCUGCACUCUACUAGGGUUCUUGGAACUUUUGGAUAUCAUGCCCCAGAGUAUGCAAUGACUGGGCAGCUUAGUGCUAAGAGCGAUGUUUAUAGCUUUGGAGUUGUCCUUUUAGAACUAUUGACCGGUCGCAAACCUGUUGAUCAUACAUUACCACGGGGCCAACAAAGUCUCGUCACUUGGGCGGCACCAAGGCUUAGUGAAGAUAAAGUUAGGCAGUGUGUUGACACUAGACUAGGAACAGACUAUCCCCCCAAGGCUGUCGCCAAGUUUGCUGCCGUCGCUGCCUUAUGUGUACAAUACGAAGCUGAUUUCCGGCCGAACAUGAGCAUUGUUGUAAAAGCUCUGCAGCCUCUUCUAAACGCUAGGCCAGGUGGACCAUCUGUUGAAUCUUAAUGAUUUUGUUUGUAAUUUAUCCUCCAAGUUCCAAUUGCUUUUUGCUGAACCUCGCAUGCAGCUUGUUUGUUUAGUAAUUUUAUUGUCGUACAGUAAUGUUUUCUUUUUCAUGAUCUGGAAAUUGUUUGGACUUAGAUUUGUUGUAAUUUUGAAUUGCAUAUUAAUAUAAUUAAAGGUAUUAUAUCAGGAACA